UCUUCGCCUUCUUCUUCUUCGCCUCCUCCUUCUUCGCCUUCUUCUUCUUCUCCUUCUCCUUCUGCUUCUUCUUCGCCUUCUUCGCCUUCUUCUUCUUCUUCUUCUUCUUCUUCUUCUUCUUCGCCUUCUUCUUCGCCUUCUUCUUCGCCUUCUUCGCCUUCUUCGCCUUCGCCUUUGCCUUCGCCUUCGCCUUCGCCUUCUUCUUCUUCGCCUUCUUCUUCUUCUUCGCCUUCUUCUUCUUCUUCUUCGCCUUCUUCUUCUUCUCCUUCUUCUUCUUCGCCUUCUUCUUCUUCUUCUUCGCCUUCUUCUUCUUCACCUUCUUCUUCUUCGCCUUCUUCUUCUUCUUCUUCUUCUUCGCCUUCGCCUUCUUCGCCUUCGCCUUCUUCGCCUUCGCCUUCUUCUUCUUCGGAUAAAGGUCCUGAACCUUCUCAGAGAUCUAAGCCUAAGCUUAAAGUUAAUCUUUCACUCAAGGUAUCUAAGCCCCCAUUUGUUCCUCCUCGAACUAAUGAGAAAGGUAUUCUUGGAGCUUCUCCCUCUUCUCUUCUUUUUGACUCUUCUGGCCCUAAAGCUUCUUUUAGCUAUAGUAAGUGUCGUCACUGUGGUGAGACUACUCAUGUCAUCAGUAAGUAUCCUUCAGACACCAAAUCUGGUUCGUCAGCCAAGAUAAAGAAAGUAACUAAGGCUGAAAAGUCAGCCAAAGUGAAACCAAUCACUAAAGUUGUGAAAACAACUAAAUUGAAGAAUAUGAUUGAAGCCUCUUCUUCAGGCUUGGUGAAGACUCUUGCUGACUCUGAGUCUUCAGUGUUAGUGAAGAAAGAUGUCACCUCUAACUUUGCUGGACCCAUUGAGAAAUGGGUACCAAAGCAAUCUUAA